AUGAACUUUUAUUUAAUUUGGAGGAAACCCAUAGUAUUCACUCUUAUAUCAGAGGCUGACAUCCUGGUUAAAGCUAUUGAAGUUGGCAGAAUCAUUUCCUCUUCCCGAAUUCCUUUUUUGAAUUCCGGAAACACACCCAUGGAGCCAGAGGUGGCAAUUCACCAAAUUCGAAUCACUGUAACAAGCCGCAAAGUAAAAUCCCUGGAGAAGGUGUGUGCUGACUUGAUCAGAGGAGCAAAGGAAAAGAAUCUCAAAGUGAAAGGACCAGUUCGAAUGCCUACCAAGACUUUGAGAAUCACUACAAGAAAAACUCCUUGUGGUGAAGUUUCUAAGACAUGGGAUUGUUUCGGGAUGAGAAUCCACAAGCGACUCAUUGACUGGCACAGUCCUGAGAUUGUUAAGCAGGUUACUUCCAUCAGUAUUGAGCCAGGAGUUGAGGUGGAAGGCACCAUUGCAGAUGCUUAA